UAUUUAAUUCUUUUCAGAGUCAUUUACUGCUUCAAUUUUUAACAGGAAGUUGACAAUACAAAAUGGAAGAAAUUGGGCUUGUUUUACCCGAGAAGGAGGAAUCUCAGUCUGCUGAAUCCCGACCUACUACAGGUCAAGGGUUAAAUAAUGUUGAUCCACUAUGUGUUGACAUGGAAGACCUGUAUGUUAAAUACAAGAAACUGCAGAGACAGCUAGAGUUUCUAGAAGUACAAGAAGAAUAUAUUAAAGAUGAACAAAAGAAUUUGAAAAAGGAAUAUCUCCAUGCUCAAGAAGAAGUCAAGAGAAUACAGAGUGUACCGUUAGUUAUUGGUCAGUUUUUAGAAGCUGUUGAUCAGAAUACUGGUAUAGUUGGAUCUACAACAGGUUCUAAUUAUUAUGUGCGAAUAUUGUCAACUAUUGAUAGAGAGUUAUUAAAACCAUCAGCUAGUGUAGCUCUACAUAAACACAGUAAUGCACUAGUAGAUGUUUUACCACCAGAAGCUGAUAGUAGUAUUACUAUGCUCUCAGCUGAUGAGAAACCUGAUGUAAUGUAUUCUGAUAUUGGUGGUAUGGAUAUACAGAAACAAGAAGUCAGAGAAGCUGUAGAACUGCCAUUGACACAUUUUGAACUGUAUAAACAGAUUGGUAUUGAUCCACCACGAGGUGUUUUAAUGUUUGGACCACCUGGUUGUGGUAAAACUAUGUUAGCUAAAGCUGUAGCACAUCAUACAACAGCUGCAUUUAUUAGAGUUGUUGGAUCCGAGUUUGUACAGAAAUAUUUAGGAGAAGGACCUAGAAUGGUGAGAGAUGUUUUCAGACUUGCUAAAGAAAAUGCACCAGCUAUUAUUUUUAUAGAUGAAAUAGAUGCCAUAGCAACCAAAAGAUUUGAUGCUCAAACUGGAGCUGAUCGGGAGGUACAGAGAAUUUUAUUAGAAUUAUUGAAUCAAAUGGAUGGUUUUGAUCAAACUGUUAAUGUCAAGGUUAUCAUGGCAACCAACAGAGCAGACACUCUAGACCCUGCACUUUUACGUCCAGGUCGUCUGGAUAGAAAAAUAGAAUUCCCCUUACCUGACAGAAGACAGAAACGACUGAUAUUCUCGACUAUAACAUCAAAGAUGAAUCUAAGUGAAGAAGUAGAUUUAGAAGAUUAUGUGGCCCGACCUGAUAAAAUUAGUGGUGCCGAUAUCAAUGCUAUAUGUCAAGAGGCUGGUAUGCAGGCUGUUAGAGAGAAUCGCUAUGUAGUGCUAGCUAAAGAUUUUGAGAAGGGCUACAAGAAUAACAUCAAGAAGGAUGAAACUGAACAUGAGUUCUAUAAAUAAAUUUGAUGUUUCUUAUUAUAUUAUCUUUUCCAGUUAAGCUUCAAAUAAAUUCAUCUAUAAGAAUA